AUGGAAUCUGCCUCCAGAUCGAAAGGAAGGAGGUAUGGCUUUGCGUGCUUGGUCUGCCGGCGCCGCAAGGUCAAGUGCGAUGGCCGAUGGCCGACCUGCGUCAACUGUGCACGAUUAAAAGAGACAUGUUCCUAUAAAGAAAAAACAGCUUAUACAGUUCAUCUAGCCGAGGCGCUACGGUCGGAGCAAGCCCGGGUCCAGGAGCUUCGGAAGCACAUUAGAGAACUAGUCGCCAUGGACAAUGCCAGGCGAGACCGUCGCCUUGCAGAUUUGGUAUCUCAGCUUGACCUGAACGGGCCAGAGCCUGCCGAGCUGGCUCAGAGUACAGAUGUUAGACCUUCAUCUACUGAUCGCGGACCCCAGGACCGUUAUACUGCAGAUGAUGUGUCUAAUGAUGGCGACACGCAGUUCAGCAUAGACACGGAAGGAAGACAGCAUUACUUUGGAGCGACCUCUCGGUUUCAUCCUAUGCCGGGGCAUGACCAUCGGCUCGAUACCGAAGUCGAAAUCAAUGAACCAGAGACGAAAGAAUUGGAAAACUACCACCGCAAAUGGCUUUACUCGAAUGCCCGUUUCCAGGGCCUGUGGGAAAGAAUGGCACAUGCAAAUAUGAGUAAUUAUACCCAUGUUGACCCGAACAUUUGUUCCAGUCUUCUGGACGUAUACUGGUCAUGGCAGGCACCACUACAUAACUGCGUAUAUCGACGUUGCUUUUACCGGGAUAUGGCUCUAGGCGGCCCGUAUUUUUCGCGAUUUCUACUGAACGUCAUAUUUGCUCAUGCCUGUCGCCAUAUGCCCGAAGAUGAUCCCCGUUUCUCUCAGUUUGAGCGUGGGGAGACAUUCCUGCGAGAUUCGAUGUUGCUUUUGAUUGACGAAAUGCAACAAAGCAAACCUCAGAUACCCACCAUUCAAGGCCUUUUGAUUUUGGGAGGCCGCCAGUGUGCGGUGGGAAAGAGCAGCGAAGGAUGGCUAUACACCGGGAUGGCUAUCCGAAUGGCAACUGACCUUGGGCUACACAUAAAAAGAAGCCAGGCUUCACUCAUGAAGGAAUUCGAACCUGAUGAUCUGGAAGUCCGGAAGCGAUUGUAUCUGUCAGUCUAUGCAUGGGAUAAAUCUAUUAGUCUGUGCCUAGGGCGACCCCCAUCCCUAAAGGAUACGCCGUAUCUUCCCUCCACCCUAUUUGAUCUAUCAGAUGAGGGUGAUCUGUGGCAACCACCCCAUUUACUGGAGACCGACCAAUUGUACUCAGCGACUAAAUGUCACAGUACAUUGACGUUCAUGCAUUUUUGCAAUCUGGCCCAAAUCAUCAACGAGAGCUACAAAACCGUAUAUACUCGUCCUUGCCGGAAUAUAAACCCGGAUGACAUAUUCAGAUUGGAGGAAAAACUAGUAUCUUUCCACCAAAACCUGCCGUCCUCGCUCAGAUUUGAAGAAGGGGCGAAUAUUCAGUUCUGCGUCCCACCCCACAUCCUCUGCCUAAAUAUUCUCUGCCAUACCGUCUUGAUCCUACUAUAUCGACCUUUCUUUAUUUGGUGUUGGGAUGCAGAAUUACGGAAGCACCCUCUGGCAGUCAGGGCCCAGAUUGUUUGUACAGAACAAGCAGCCGGUGUCAACGACCUCUUCAGAGCAUAUGGACGGCUCUUCAACUUUCAGUACCAAAGUUACCUGGUAUCAUAUUGCGUGUACACUGCUGCAACGAUUGAUGUGAGGCUCGCACGACAUGAAGACAAAGCGCUCGCGGAGAUGGCCACAGGCCGACUAGCGGUCACACUUCGAAUGCUGGAAACAGAAGUCAAGCAAACACCGGGUAUUAGGCGCAGCAUUGAGAUCAUUCGAUCUCAGAUUGGUGGGCCAUUGGCGUCAAACCUGCAACGCCAGGCCAGGAGGUCAUCGGAAGUUCCCGAUGGGAGCCCUACAAGUCAGGAAAAAGCGACCGCGAUACCUCUCGAGUCCGUGAUCGAUACACUUCCUCAAAUGGCGUCACCUCCACCAACCAUGUCAAAUACAAGCAUAUACGGCUCAUCGACCGAAUGCGUAGCCACAGGGCCAUCUCAGCUACCCAUAUUGGAAAUGUCAGGAAUUGUUGUGAGCCCAAAUAUACCGCUUGGGUCAGGGUGGCCUGAUUGGUAUAUGAAUGAUUUUGGUGGCGGAUUUGUGCCUGACGUGGCUUGAUAGACCUCCCUAGCACAUCUAGUGGGCCCUGCAUUAUGUGGGAUUUGAGUUAAUUCAUUCUCGUGCCUCACAAAGACCAAAUGGCCCACUCGGUAAUGUAC